CUGGGGAUCAAUGGAUGAGAAAACCAAGAAAUUAAGGUUUCGUCAUGGCGAACAAUUGAAGGCGAUACCUACAUCGUUUGAAAAGAUAGAAGAACUAUUCUAUAUUGAAGACAAUAUGUGGUUUCAUUCCAUUGAUAUUCCUUUAAAACAUCCGGAAAUGUUAGAUUUUUCCCAAUUUGUCACACGAACCAAACUUAUACCAUGGAUACCUGAGUCAUAUAGCUAUGACAAUUCACACUUAUCGAGUUAUUUAAAUUACCUCUUCAUGGAAGAAUUGAAAUGUGUAAACAGUUGUCCAAUUAACACGCGUGAUCAAAGUGACCACAGCUUUAAUUUACGUAUGAAUUAUCGACGAAGGAAAAUAUCUAUGAUUAUGGAAACAAUUUGUCGAGCCUUUCUAUCAACUGAGACAGAAUCACUAGUCGGUGGAUUAUCGACACAAAUUGAUGAGCAUGCAUUGAUAGAGAUGUUUUUGAAACGAUUAGUCGAUCGUGAAGUAUUUGAAACUACGGAGGAAGUGAAUGAAGAUAUUUAUGAAUCAGUAAAUGAGACCAUUCUUGACUCUGAAGGUUGUGUACAUUAUCGAAUACGUUCUGAGGUAGCGUGGCAGUUAAGAGGACCGUUUCCUUUGAAAGCUCAUUUCAAUUCGAACGAUCCCGUAUGCUUUCCCGAUAAACCUAUCCUAUGCAGUUAUCGUCCAGAAGCAUUCGAUUUGAAACAUGUUGAAUGUUAUAAUUUCAACUGUCUACCGUUCUCAAGAAGAAUCGAUUUUUCAGAAUUUGCUCGAUCAGUCGCAGGUUAUUGGUCUCGAACACCAUUUUGGGAAGGUGACCCAUGUGAAUUUGGUUUGCUUGGAGUGAUUGAUUUGAAUAAUUCGGAACAUGUACGAAAUGAAAUCAGCCAUACUACUCUUCCAGAAAAUGUUAAGGAGAAUAUUUUGAUGCGUCAUGGGAUUGCUGAAGCUAUUCUUACAGCGUUCGCAUGGACAUCAGCACAAGCCUACAAUCAAGGUUAG